CAGAACACAGAAGAAGCUUCUGUGGAGAACCGUUCUCCAUGGACCGUCAUCAGGAACGGUGUCUGAGCUCUGAGUGGCUCGAUCCGAACCCUUGCUCGUUCUGUGGUUCAGCGUCUCUGCCUGGGGACCGAAUGUAACUCAAUUUUUUAAUAAUUUAAGGUACACUUUUGGCGAGUGCCCCUAUAGUAUCUGUAAACUAUUCCAUAUUGCUAUUUCCUGUUUCACAAUAUUUCUUUUGGUUAGAAAAAAGCCUUAAACAGUCCAGAAAGAUUCGUUACUUCUAGAUUUCUAAUGUUGGUUUUUCACUUUUUUAUAUACAAAGCUUUAAACAAGUUACUGUAACAGAGUGACUACAUGUAUCUGACUGCAGACAGGACGUGCAGAUGUAGACCAGCAAAGAAUGCAGUCACUGUAACAAUUUCAGCUGCUUCAUGUUCAAGACUUUCUCCUUCACAAACCCUGCUCGAGCCUCUUACACCGUCAGACAUGUAGCAUGCAGAGUCAGCUGAGCUGCCUCAGGCACACACAAACACACACACACACGGAUUACAGUACACAGAAGUAUUAAAACUACUUCUCCAGCCAAGCCUUCACAUGCUCGUCUAAUUUCUGCCAAAUCACGGAGACUGCAUCAUGACUGAACGUGACGACUCUGCAGAUAGGAGGACGAAGGGUCCCAGUAAGACCCUGCUAAUGGCGGUUUUGGCUGCAGGAAUUGGAGGGACUUUUCAGUACGGCUACAAUGUCUCCAUCAUAAACGCUCCAACCAAGGCAAUGCAGCGCUUUAUUAACCAGACCUGGAAGCAGCGUUAUGACACACACAUCUCACCAGACCUCCUCACACUGCUCUGGUCCUCCAUCGUCUCUGUCUUCACCAUCGGGGGAUUAGUAGGAGCUUCAGUUGGAGCCUCGCUAGCGGUGCGCUUUGGAAGAAAAGGAACGCUGUUGAUCAACAACUCACUGGCUCUGAUAGCAGCGGCGCUGAUGGGCCUGAGUUCUCUUACUGCUGCAUUCGAGCUGCUCAUCGCUGGCCGUUUCAUCUCCGGGAUAAACGCAGGUGUAGGGAUCUGUGUUCAGCCGCUGUACCUGGUGGAGAUUGCCCCCCGUGCUCUCCGUGGCGCCAUGGCGAUGGGAACUUCCAUUUUCAUCACAGGAGGGAUUCUGACAGGACAAGUGAUGGGACUGACUGAGCUGUUGGGUGGAGAACAGUACUGGCCUCUCCUCCUCAUCUCCCCGUGUGUUCCUGCUGUUCUUCAGCUCGUUUUCUUGCCGCAGUUUCCUGAAAGUCCUCGAUUCCUGCUGAUCGACCGAGCUGAUGAAGCUGCAUGCACCAUCGCUCUGAAGAAGCUCCAUGGUGGAGAACAUUUCCAGGUUGAGAUGGAGGACAUGCGGAGAGAGCGGAUCAGUGCUGAAGGAAUGAGGCCCAAAAAACCCUGGCAGCUUUUCACUGAUCGCAGAAUUCGCUGGCCGCUCAUCAUCGUCAUCUUAAUCAGCACAGCACAGCAGCUCAACGGCAUCAACGCUAUUUACUUCUAUGCAGAAUAUGUCUUCAGUGAAGCUGGAAUUCCGGCUGAAAAUAUUCCUUAUGUCACAGUGGGAACCGGAGCGUGCGAGUGUGUAACAGCACUAACGUGUAGUUUACUGAUUGAGCGUUUGGGAAGGCGAGCUCUGAUUAUUGGAGGAUACUCUCUCAUGUCUUUGUGGUGUGUCUGCUUUACUCUCACACUCAGCUUUCAGAAGUUCAGCUCCUGGGUGCCGUAUCUCAGCAUGCUCUGCGUCUUCGCCUUCAUCCUCAGCUUCGGCCUCGGACCAGGUGGCGUAACAAACAUCCUCAUCACGGAGCUCUUCACUCAGACCACUCGCCCUGCAGCCUUCAUGAUCGCUGGCUCAGUCAACUGGCUCAGCUUCUUCUUCAUCAGCAUGGUGUUCCCCUUCACAGUGAAUGGACUGCAGCAGUUCUGUUUCCUCGUCUUUUUGGUGAUUUGUUCUCUUGUGGCCACAUUUAUCUUCUUUUUUGUGCCAGAAACUAAAAACAAGACGUUUCUGGAGAUCCAGUCUGAGUUGAGCAGAAAGAGGACGAGAGUCUCUCAGGUGUCUAAUGGAGUAGACGUGUCUCAGGUGUCCACAUCACUGUGACUGUUUGUGCUGUCUGUGUCUGGGAGCUGGAUGUGGCCACUCUCUCUCUGCUGUGCUGUUAUAAUCACGCUUUAUAUGAUUGUUAUAACACUGUAUAAUCCUCACUAACUCUGCUAUCUGUUGAUCAGACGUGUGUGUGUGUGUGUGUGUUAGUGAAAGUUUUCUCUGCUCUCCUGAUUAAGUGUCUUAUUUGCAAUUUGGAGAAGAUGGUUUCAUUCUUCCUACUUGUUCAUGGCUGUAAUGACAAUAAAACUUUUCUCCACAUAUUUGUGUUUGUAAAUCAUGAGAAGUUGUUUCCAUGGUUACGUGUAGCAUCCUAACCAAAUGCCACCUGAAGGGAAGAUGUGUAACUCACUAUCUUAUGCUACAAAAGCUAAAGCUAAAUAUUUCAAUUCAGUGUGUUUGUAUGAAAGGUGAAGGCUGUAAAUAUCACUCAUUUUCAGGCUGAGCUUUCGGGUGUGAGCUGAAACAGCUGAAAUAACAGCUGGAUUAGUCAAGCAUCUGGACUGAAAAGAAAACCUCAGGUGCCAAUACUAAUGGAUGAACUUCCCUCUUCAACCAAUCAGCAUUCAUCUGAGAAUUUACAGGACAUGCUACAAUAAAAUGAGAGUGGUUCAUCACGUGCUUAAUCAUCCUAAUUUAAUAAUCCCUCAUAUUAUUAUUAUUAUUAUUAUUAUUAUUAUAAAAA